GUUUCUAGUGCUUAAAAGUGGCACGCCUCAUCUGGAGCACAUCACUUCCGAGACCCUACAAGAUGAUUUGGAUUGCUGUAACUUUGCUGAGUGUAGCCUGUGCUGCACCCACCGACCAAGAGAGUGUGAGAAUCAGCUUCAGCCAGAAAGCUCUAGACUAUGGAGAGGAUAUAGCUUUCUACAUGAUCGACAUCCUUCAGAAGGUAGCAGUUGACAAACUCAGCCUGCCAAACAUCAGCCAGGACCAGUUCCGUGCCACCAACCUGAAGUUCGGAGCUCUGGACCUCGGCAAACCUGAGAUCAGCAUCGUCCCCAAUGUGGGUCUGAAGUGGAGGAACGGAAACGCCAAGAUCCAGGUGACAGGAGGAUGGGCUGCUAAAGCUGGGUGGUGGUGGACCUCUGGUGAUAUGACCCUGGAUGCUACCUUGGCUGUGGAGGCUACUGCAGGAAUCACUGCUAGUAAUGGAAAGCUAGUCACAGCUCCCAAAGGAUGCAGUGUUCACUAUCACAGCUUCAACCUGGAUCUGCACAACUCUUUCUUCUCCUGGGUGGUUAGCUUGUUCGAGAGCUACAUCACCCCUGAGAUCACCAGCGCAGUCUGCGAUGAGAUUAACAAACUCCUGAGAACCACUGUGAACGGAGUUAUCGCCUCCCUCCCCCAUGACAUACCUGUUGCUGAUAUCAUGGAUGUUGAGAUUGAAGCUGACUCUAACCCAGUCUUCUCUUCCUCUGGGUUCGACAUCUCUGCCCGAGUAAUCGCUGAUCAACAAGGAUCUGACGUUGUGUUCCCCUUCUCCCCAGAACCCAUUGUGAGCCAGAUGGACACCAGUCUCAUGGUCUGCCUCCUCGUCUCUGACUACACUCUCAACACCGCCAGCUACGUCGCCCUCGCAGCUGGACAGCUCAAAGAAUCAGUUCCCAGCGCCCUCCUUAACGCUUCCAACCCUGUUAUGAACACCGCCUACUUCAAGACCUCUAUCCCAGAGUUCUACACCGCCUACCCAGACGCAGCUAUCACCUACAGUGUGGUCAACACCAGGUACCCCCGAGCUGAGUUCGACCACGACAACAUCAUCCUGGACAUGCCAGUGGAGCUGAGUGUACAGGUAGCGGGAGCUGAUGUACUGACUCUGGCUCUCUCCCUGACUGUCGAGGGAAACAUGCAGCACAACAACAACGUGUUAUCUGGUCAGGCCACCUCAGCUACUCACACCUCCUCAAUCAAGUCCUCCCAUAUUGGAAACAUCAAUGUGGAUGAUAUCGAGGGAGUGAUUGAUGAUAUCCUGAACAACACAGUCCUGCCUAAGAUUAACGCUGUGAUUGUGAAGGGUGUUACUCUGCCCAUUGACCAGUAUGUUAGCCUCAACAAGGGAGUGCUGGAGGCGCAUGAUGACUUUGUGAAGGUGUGUGCUGACGCUACUCUAACUGACUUCAGUUUACAGGAGCUGAAGAAGAUUGCGGAGGAUAUCCUCAUCUAAUCUGAUAAUGUACAAGAUGUUUAGUGAAUGAUGA